GGGUCGCCCUCAUAAAUUGUCGCUGGGUUCAACUUCGGCGAAGCUCCAAUUCACAAGCUGUCUCUUUACUCUGCGAGUCUGAGCCAUUGUUGAGAGACCAGACCAUCAUGACCAGCUCCUCCGCCAACGCUCGCAAGACGCUGAGUAAGAUCGCUUGCAAUCGGUUACAGAAGGAGCUGCUGGAAUGGCAGAUUAACCCUCCCUCCGGUUUUAAACACAAAGUCACCGAUAAUCUUCAAAGAUGGGUUAUUGAAGUAAAUGGAGCAUCAGGAACGCUCUAUGCUGGUGAAACCUAUCAACUUCAGGUUGAUUUUCCUGAGCAUUACCCUAUGGAAGCCCCUCAGAUUAUAUUUCUUCAUCCUGCCCCGCUGCAUCCCCAUAUAUAUAGCAAUGGCCAUAUAUGUUUAGAUAUUCUAUAUGAUUCAUGGUCUCCCGCCAUGACAGUCAGUUCCAUUUGUAUGAGCAUUCUCUCAAUGCUAUCAAGCUCGACUGCGAAGCAACGCCCUGAAGACAAUGAUCGUUAUGUAAAGAAUUGCAGAAUUGGAAGAUCCCCAAAGGAAACCAGAUGGUGGUUCCACGAUGAUAAAGUGUAACAACUAAGGGGUUAGGCACUUGCAACACGCCCUGAAGACAUGAUUGUUAUGUAAAGAAUUGCAGAAAUGGAAGAUCCCCAAAGGAAACCGGAUGGUGGUUCCACGAUGGUAAAGUGUAACGACGGAAGAAGUUUCGGUCAUUUGGUAUAAUAAUCAAAGUAGAUGACUACCUUUGAAGUAGAUGAGUAGGAAAACACAAACAUAAGAGAGAUGCAUUCAGAGACUGCGACCUUGGUCUGAAUGCAUCAUGGCUCCUGGAAUGGCAAUGGCUGUUAUCUGUAAAGGAAGAGGGAGAAUUUGAGUUUUAUGUGUGAGGAACGAAUUCGGGUCGUUAUGGUUAAUUACUCAAGUCUAGAUAUUCAGUAUCUUGUUAGCACAUGAAUUGCCAUCCUUAUCAUAUUACAUGACCAGUUGUGUGGAUGUUGUAUUUCUGGUUUAUAUAGGAAGUAUACUUCACUAAUAA